UCGCUUCGGUAGUCGAGGAGUACUACUAGGGAUGGGAAUCAAUAUCAAAGGCUACGACUUCGUCACCGACUUUUCCUAACGUCAACGUGGUAAGCAAAAGACUUACAUAUUUGGAACUUGAAUGAUCAAUAUUGCAGAACCUUCAUGUCCUAUUCGUUCACAACACAAGUCGCAAAAUGGAGCCUUUAUUAGCCACCGUUCCGAAGCGAGGAUCAUUGGGAACAGUGCCGAGUGUCAUUCUGCCUGCUGCACGAGAUCGGCCUUAUAUUUGCGCACCAGUAACAGAAAUAACUGGAAAGCAGGAAAUUUCCGUACCUGGCGUAAAAAACGUGCUUUCUGAUUUAGAGCUACCAGAUACCGUGUCGCCGAACCGCUCUCAACCCUUUCUCUGUCUGCCGAUGGUGAAGCAGAGCAGUGUUGGUGGAGUUGCGCUGGUUGUAGAAGGAUUAAUAGGAGGGCUUCAGGGAAGUAUAGAUGGAUCUCUUAUGGCAUUUUUAGUGGGUGGGGUACAUGAACUUCAUAGAAGCAGACCUCCAGAAGUCAAACAGAUGAUGCUAAGAAAUAUACCCAGGACACGGCACGCGAUAUCAGAUAGGACAAUAACUACAGAUGAGUUCUUAUGAUGUCAAAGUCCUAGGAGUAGUACCAGUUUAC